CGUUCAUGCAGCGAUGUCAACGGGGGCCGCUCGAGCGCCGGUGACUUUUAAUGCCAGGGUCGCGGGAUGCGCAGGAGACAUCAACGCCGCGCUCUUCCACCGAUCCGGCAAAGAUGCGAUUCUGACGGACGCGGCACUGAAGGAUCCGGUUCAGGCCCGAGCGGGACCGGCUCGAAGACGCGGAUGGCAGAAAACGCGGCCGGUCCCGAGUUCCGGGCUGAUCGGUCCUUCCCGCCUACUUUUCUUCUCCGGUCAAAGAUGUGCCAUACAACUCUCAACCUGUGAUAAGAUACCCGAUGACCUAAAGUCAUUCGCUCACAUAGACGUAGACAGAUCUAAUCAAAGACUAAAGACAGUCCGUGAAUAACUUUUCUCGGACUGUGAAGGGGAAUUUGCGGCAGAAUUGCGAUUCCUCAACGAGAACUGCUCCAGGAGGAUUCCUGUGGAGCUGACUGAUCCAGUCUGACGUCCCGAACGUUCGUCAGAAUAUCACGAGAGAAGAGAACUGAAAGACGGCAUCGGGGAAAAUGUCGACGUGUACCGACGAGGCCGACAACG